AAUCUUUUUUUAAGUGCGAGAAAACACAUAUCAGACACCUUUUUUUUUGUUUGGCCGAGAUGGCGCCCCAUGGAGUGCAGCGUCCUGUGGAAACCACUGCAUCGUUCUGGCCGAUGGGUUCACUGGUGGCCGAUGGGGUGCCAGCUGAUGGGGUUUUGGCCGAUGGGGUGCCAGCUGAUGGGGUUUUGGCCGAUGAGGUGCCAGCCGAUGGUGGAGCAGAUGGUGGUCGUUGGUACGUGGUGCGCCAACAAGCCUCCCCUAGCCGAUGUGUAACUGGCCGAUGGUGUUUUUUGUUGGGCCGAAGAGAAACCACCUGCUGCUGCUCGAGGAUGGGGACCCAUUUGGCCGAGGUGAACCGUUUGCUGAAUUUUGGCUGGUAUUUGAGGUCAACUUCCGAGCCAGGAACCUCACGAAGGGCUGCUGGACAAGGGUCGCACCAACUAGACGAAGGGUCCUGUUUGGUUUUUUGGCCGCCAUGACAUGUAUGCGCUUCUUUGGGCCGAAGCGUGGCAUUCUGUUGACUUUGGUUAUUGUCUUGAUUUUGACCGAGGUGUCAAUUCUUGACCGAGGGACAGCUUGAGGUUUCUUAGUGCAUUAUGUGUCAUUGGAGCCCCAAUGAGGCCGAAGUGUAGUAAGUUGGGACUCAAGUUUAUUUGAGUGGCAUACUCCUUGGCCGAAGGUGCAUGUUGCCCCAACUAAGGCCGAAGUGCUACCACGUCAUUUAUCUAUAUGAUAUAUUAUUUGUUGGGAGGAUCUCACUUGAUGUAUUCUACCUCUCAAUGAAAGCACCAAAUGAUAGAGUAUUUAAUUCUAAAGAGAAUGCAGAGCUAGA